AUGAAUCUAGUCGAGUAUCUACUGUGUCUGCUGACCUGCAGCUGGCUGUGGCCAGAUCAGGCGAGGGCUCGCCGCUUGGAGGCGUCGGAACACUCCCGCACAGUUGGCCCCUGGCUCUAUUUGCUGGCCUACCCGGCGGCCCUGCAGCAGGUAGGUGGUGGUGCGCUGCCUGGAAUCCCCAUUAGGAGGCCCCAAGACGAGACGCCCCUCAGCAGCGCCAACAUCCAAGCCCCGACACUGUCCGACGAAGUGCCGAGCGGGCAGAACAAUGUGAUACGCGAGCAAUUUCUGCAGGGCAUUCUGCAGGGCCUUCAACAGUCUGGCGGCGGGGCAAGCGGAGCCACCGUUUCCCCCGCUCUGCUAGCAGACUUUCUCUCCCAGGUCCCAAGCCUGACCAACACGAGCACCACACGGCAGCCAGCGGCUGAGAAAGAUGCCAACAAGGCGGGGAGCGAUGAGAACUAUGACUACAUAGACUUCCAAAAUGGUUCACGCAUCAAAUACGACUUGGACGUAGAGCAAAAGCCAGUUAAUAAGAUUCUCCAGCAGACCACCAGGCGUCAGGCGGUGGCUCGACCUCGGCCACAGGCACAGCCCCAAACCUAUCUCUACUAUGCCCCCUACACCUCGUAUUACUACCGAGGGGGCUGA